AUGGACAUUGUCGCGCUCCAUGCACCAUUACUCGUCCCUGCGUCCGAAUUGAUUGGCCUCGAACAAGCUCUGGUGGUGAAGGUUCAGCCAACUUGUGGUAGUGACCCCAAUUCUAUGGCCCUGAAUUUGGCUGCAAUAGGAGACAUCGCACGACAUAGUUUCUACGGAUCUCUGCAUUACGUGGUCCCUAAGGUUUCACAAAUCAAGUUACAAGGGCAGCGGAUCGAGCACGCCGAGGUGGAAUAUCACUUUGACGAUGUUGAUACCGGCACCCUCGUUGCCAAUUCUGGCACCAUUGACGCCCUGUAUAUGGGCCGGGUACAGCGCAUGCAGUCAAGGCAGCCACCCACAGCUUCGGCAAAUAUUUGGGUAUACGAAAGCAUCAGAUUCGCGCAAGAUAUCCUUGCCCAUGAAGUUAAGCUGGAGGACCCGAUUUUGGUAUGCUUGGAAAGGAGCCGCUGGGUUCCGCUGGCUAUCCUGGCAAUCUGGAAAGCUGGGCUAUGUCUAGUCCUUCAGGAUCCCACCCAUCCAGCUACUCGGUUGCGAUUUAUUGCAAAUGAAUCUUCCACAUCAAUGAAAAUUGCAAAUGAAGGUACCCACUUCAAAGCAAGCAUCCUGUGCUCGACAGUAUUGCAAAUCAACGAUGACCGCCUGUGGACUCAAAAUGUUAACUUCUCGCUGGCUGAGACGGUUCAUGUUGGGGGAAACAGCGCCGCGUACAUUUUCUUCACAUCUGGCUCGACUAGAAUACCCCAAGGGGCUGUUGUUGAGCACGCUUCCCUUUCCGUUUCGUGGGAGACCUUCGCUACUCUACUCCAGCCACGGCCGAUAUCGCGUGUUCUACAGUUUGCCUAUCACGCCUGA